GAGAGAUAGUAAGGGUACCUAGAAACUGGGUGCCCAAACAUGAAUUUUUUAGGGACGAAUGCUUCUUGUCCGCUUGUGGUCUAAGCAGCAUGUUUAAAAAACAAGAAGCCAAGAAAAUGCUGCCCACCGAGAAGACACCGGCUAGGUCGGCUGCCGACAUCCGGAAAGCCAAUCUCGAGAAAAAACUUGCUGCCCAGGCGGCGAAGAAGGACGGGAAGCAGAUGCCCCGGUCCCUUCAAAAACAGGUCAGGCCUCCGCCGACCCAACAAGAGUCUGCAUCCAAGGUGCAGAAGACAGCCGACCGGCAAACUACCGGCGGCAAAUCAAUAAAGGUCCCAGGCGGGCCUGGAUCUGCGGAUGUGCUUUCUGCCAUCCCAUUGAGGACCGCAACCGGUCCCUCUGAAGGCCGUUCGGGCCGCCAAGAUAAUUCUCCCCGCUGGCCGGACGGGGCACAAUAUGCCCGGGCCAUGCUGAAAGCCGUCCCCAGGGACGAGAAGGAGGCGAUCCCUGGGAUCAACUCCUUUAAUGCCGACCGGGUGCUGGUCGACCUGGCCGACGCUAUGCUGCGCGUAGAGGGGCUCAAACGAGCUUAUGCCCGCAAGUCUGAAGAGGUAAGGAGAAGCAAACGGGCUGUUGAUGACGCCCAUAAUGUUGCUGACUACUCUUUGUACAUGCAUGGCUUAGAAUCUAAAUCUAUACGCAUGGAACAGGCGGAGAAGACCAAGGCCCUCCAACAGCAGAUUGAUCAGCUGAAAAACCAAGUUGACCAACUGCAGGCGUCCCUGGAUGAUGCCAAUAAAAAGUUGGGGGAACAGAAAGAGCCCCUCCAACGGCUGAGCAAGGCGGAGACUGAAAAUGGCCGCCUUGCCAAAGAGAAUGAGCGCCUGCGCAAAGAGGCGGUUGCUGCCAAUGAGAACUUCAAGGCCACCUUGGAGUCGGAGCAGGAGAGGCUCAUUGAAGAGAAUGAGCAUGACUGUGCAAACCGGAUGCAACGGGCGUUUUCCAUCAUCCACCCGGAGGCGGACUUCACCGUCUGGGAACUCGCCUUCAAAUAUUCUGAUCUUGCCAUUCUGGCCGAGGAGGCGAAUGAGCCGGGGCCCGGACCCUAUGACGCUUGA